CCCUCGGCCGGCCACGCCCCUCCAGGGGACUGCGCGGCGGGAUGCGCCAGGAGCCGGGCGGCCGCGGGAGGAGGCGGCGCCCGGUGGCCGGUGGCCGCGCACCAUGGGGAACAAGCAGACCAUCUUCACCGAGGAGCAGCUGGACAACUACCAGGACUGCACCUUCUUCAAUAAGAAAGACAUCCUCAAGCUGCACGCGCGGUUCUACGAGCUGGCCCCCAACCUGGUCCCCAUGGACUACCGGAAGAGCCCCAUCGUCCACGUGCCCAUGAGCCUGAUCAUCCAGAUGCCCGAGCUCCGGGAGAACCCCUUCAAGGAGCGGAUCGUGGAGUCCUUCUCAGAGGACGGAGAGGGCAACCUCACCUUCGACGACUUCGUGGACAUGUUCUCCGUGCUCUGCGAGUCGGCGCCCCGCGACCUCAAGGCCAACUACGCCUUCAAGAUCUACGACUUCAACACGGACAACUUCAUCUGCAAGGAGGACCUGGAGAUGACGCUGGCCCGGCUGACCAAGUCGGAGCUGGAGGAGGACGAGGUGGUGCUGGUGUGCGACAAGGUCAUCGAGGAGGCCGACCUGGACGGCGACGGCAAGCUGGGCCUCUCCGACUUCGAGGACAUGAUCGCCAAGGCGCCCGACUUCCUCAGCACCUUCCACGUCCGGAUCUGAGGACGCGGCCGAGCUCCGGGCCCGCCGCCCGCCGCCGUCCACCUCUGCUGUCUGCACAGCUCUGACCUCCCAGGACCAGGACGGGAGCUGCAGCCUCGGGGGCUGACCCCCACCGACAUGUCCUCGGCCCUUUCAGCAAAAAACCCUCCACGGGGAAGGGGCGGGAGGAGGGAAGGGGCAGGGCUCCCCAGGCCCCUGUGGUCCGGCCCAGCCCCAUGGCCGGCCCCUCACAGGCCCUCCCUCUGCCCCCCACCCCCGUGUGCCUGGUUCCCCGCCCCCUCCCCGUAGAAAUGCCCCCCAGGGGCAGGCCGGGCACCUGGGGGGCGGGGACCAACCAGUCUGCGUGCUAGAAACACACGCCCGGGGUACCCGGGGCAAAGCGGGGAGAAGAGCAUGAGAUUUUUUUUUUUAAUAUAUUUGUAUUGAUGUCAGAGAGGAAGGGAGAGGGAGAGAGAGAGAAGCAUCGAUGAUGGGAGAGAAUCAUGGACCGGCCGCCUCCCGCACGCCCCCCACUGGGGAUGGAGCCCGCCACCCGGGCCUGUGCCCUGACCGGGAAUCGAACCCUGACCUCCUGGUUCCUCGGUCCACGCUCAGCCACGGAGCCACGCCGGCCGGCCGGGCGAGGAUGAAAUUUCCACGAACUAUGCAAUCUUUCUCGAACCCCACGCUGGGCUGCCGCCCGCCCUGCCCGCCCCGUCUCGCCGCCCCACGCCC